GAGGGACAUAGACACACAGUGAGACACACUGACACACUCAGAGAGACACACACACACACACACACACAGAGACAGAGCCGGAGAGCGAUGGGGAGAGUGGGCUUCGUGCUGGGGGCAGGCUUGCUCAGCCUGUGUGUGUUCCAGGUACCUGGGAGUGAAGCCGAACGAUGUGAGGAUACAUUGGGAGAGAGCAGCGGGUGUCCCUCUAGCUGGACCAGCCUGUGGUAUGUCUGGUUGAUCUUGUUGACCAUUUUUCUGCUGUUGGUGUGUGGAGUGUUGGCCAGUUGUGUGAAAUGCUGUAGAAAAACUAAACCGCAGGUUCCUGCUUUCGCAGCCAGGCCUUACGAAGUGACAGUGAUCGCCAUUGAGAACGAUAGCACGAUCCACAGCACUGUUUCAACCAAUGGUCCUCUGCAGUAUGUCUCUGCAAACAGGAGCCCAUUCCUGGAGAGCACGCUGCCUCCCCCCUACAGUCUCUAUGCGAUUGAAACCCCUCCACCCUAUGACUUGGCCCUAAAGAUGGCUAAACCUAUCGAGGUCCAGGACCCAGAGAUCCUCGGGCAGAAUUUGCAAAGGACUGAAGAUCCCAAUCCAGCAGAGGAAGCAUCCACAGUCGCAUCAUCCGUAUCUUCUUAAUGGAGCCAUCUGAGAUCGACAGAACUAAUGUCUUCCUCCGAUUCCAAAGGGAACUGUUUAUAAUGGGUACGUCUUGCAUUAGCAAGUGAAACAUUUUCAGCAGAUUGCUGGGCAACAAAUUUCAUUACUAAGUAAUGACAGUUUAAUGUAAUUUAUCAGUAGGGCAUAUCGCCAACUAUAAUGAAUGCAAAUGAACACUAAUAGUAUUACAGCCAGCUGAAUGUUACAAAGUUCGGAAAAUGUGACAUUUACUAAAGAGAAUUUGAUGCUGACGUGUAGUCACAUUCCAUGUGAGCUUUGGUCCAGGUGAAAAAGACUUUGAAGAAUCUCAUUUCCACCAUCAUGUUGCGCAAUUAUAGUUUGCUAAAGGCAAAGGCAAUGAAUCAUUCUUUAGUUAAAAAAACCUUUAGCAUUCAAGAUUAAGUUUAGGGAACAAAAAUAAUUUUUGUACUAUUCAUACUGACAUUGUGAUGCCUAAUACUAGUGUUCUGUAAUCCCAAUACAAUUCAUCAGUUAGUCAGUUGUUGCAAAGCCAGCCAAUCAUGACUGAGUUAAAUCUGCAUUACGCAGCUGGUUUAAUUGAACUAAAUUGUUUGCUAUUCUAAUGAAGCUACUGAGAAUCAAAUAUUAGUAAAUUAAUUUGGAAUCCAAUUCACUCUGUUUUUGAGUGUGAAACUACCUUUUACUUAGUUGGAAGUAGAUCCUUUGUUCAUCAACAAUCCCAGAAGUGUGGAACCUUGUUUACAUAUUAUGGAAAUAUAUUCAAAUCAAAUUUGUUACUUACAUAUUUUGAUGCCUUUCUGUAUAGUUUUGUUAUGAAAAUUUCUAUAGAUUUUAAUGUUUAUUAAAUUAAUAAAUAUGUUUCAUGUUUUU